GCGCGAUUACUGUAUUUAUUUAUCUUUCUUUUUCCUGCAUGAUUCUAUAGUUCAACUGUCAGUAUUUCAUCAUUUACAUUGCUAUAGCCUUCUUUUCCUCAGUGUUUGAUCAAAGGAAAGAAGAGUUUGGUUUAAAAAUUUAGAAGGGUGAAAAGGAAAAAUUAUUUAGGGACUAAAAUUUCUCUUGCCUUUUAAUACUGGAGGAAUUGGAGAGAAGAGAAACGUGAUUUUUAAUUUUUUGGCGUGCUGAGCAAAUUACUUGACGAUGGGUGGAAUUUCUAUUGAUGAUGAUUGGGAGUUCACUUCUUCCUCAUCCAAUGAGGUUCGGACAAUAGUCUUAGUUGGGCGAACUGGCUAUGGCAAGAGUGCAACGGGUAAUACCAUUCUCGGAAGGAAGGUCUUCAAGUCAAGGGCAAGUUCUUCUGGUGUAUCCAUCACAUGUGAAUUGGGGACCGCAGAACUAGACGACGGACUGCUUGUUAAUGUUAUUGACACCCCAGGAUUAUUUGAUUUGUCUUCUGGAGAGUAUGGACCUGAGUAUGUUCGAAAGGAAAUUAUCAAAUGCAUGGAUUUGGCUAAGGAUGGAAUCCAUGCUGUCAUUUUGGUGUUAUCGGUUAGAACACGCUUUACUGAGGAACAAGAAACUAUUCUAAAGACCUUGCAGUCAUUAUUUGGAAGCAAAAUUGUAGAUUACAUGAUUGUGGUCUUCACUGGAGGAGAUGAUUUGGAAGAAACGGAAGAGAGCUUGGAGGAUUAUUUAGGUCGUGAAUGUCCAAAGGCUUUAGAGGAAAUUCUUGGUCUGUGUGAGAAUCGAGUUGUACUUUUUGAUAACAAGACUAAGGAUGAAGGGAAACGAUCGGGACAAGUUCAAGAACUUCUCUCUUUUGUAAACAUUGUUCUAUCACAGAAUGGUGGACGACCUUAUACAAAUGAGUUGUUUGAGUUGUUUACAGAACUGAAGAAGCGAGCAAAGGAGCUGCAUAAGCAACAAAGAAAGUUUGAUUCUUUAAAAGAAGAAUAUUCUGAAGAAGCAAUAUUGGAGUUUGAAAAGCAAAUGCAGCAAACAUAUGAUGAUCAAUUAAAGCGAAUUACUGAGAUGGUUGAAUCAAAAUUGAGUGAGGUAACUAUGAAGCUUAAGCAACAGUUAGAUGAAGAGCAAGCUGCAAGACUUGAGGCUGAGGAGAAGGCAAUGUUAGCUCAAAGGAGAUCAGAUGAAGAAAUACGUAGACUGAGAGAAAAUCUUGAGAAGGCCCACGAAGAACUUCGCAAGCAAUCUGAAGGUCGUUGUGCCAUUCUUUGACAGUACCUACAUGGAACUUCAGAGAAUUUAUUUGGUAUUUUUCUCUAGGAUGGUGACAUCAAAUAGCUCUUGCUCUUUCGCGGUGUUAAUAAGUACCAUGGCAAUUAUGCAUUUACUUUUAUUCCAUGUUUGACAAUCAUGGAUUAUGGGAUUGAUAUUUUCUAAUCUGGUUUUCAUACUUAGUAAUUUCAAUUUAAAUUAAGUGUUUUCUGUCAAA